AAUCCAACCUCAACAAUACAAAAUAGGGAAAACACUGAAGCCAAAAGUACUUACGCAGUUACCCUCACUUCGCCGCAUCCAUUCACUUCCAGUUUUAUCCCUAACUUCCGACUACUGAUCCUCCUCUCAACAACAUUUGGGGAAUGGCCUGUUUGGUUUCCUUCUGAUUGUUUAAUCAGUAGGAAGGAAAAAAAAUUAGUCGACUUUUCUGGGUAGUAUUGUGUUGGGAGAAAGUUGAGUUUUUUAGCAUAAUGGCGGGUUGUUUUUCAAAUUUUGCCGUGGCCGGUGUUGCCAAUGUGAGGCAAGAAGCCCUUUUCGGGAAUUUGGGAAAUCAGGAGUCAAAUUUGAUUAGGUUGAGUUUCAUGGGUGCGUUGAAUAAGGCUGCAUUUCAUGUUCUGUGUGGGAACAAGUAUGGUAGACCAUGGGUGGCUACGCAAAAGAAAAAAACUUUUCUUGUAAUGAGCAUGUCGCAGCCGUCUGCUGAAUCGCAAUCUUCUGUGACUUCGAUAGGAUUUUCCGAAGGGGGAGGUGAUGGUCUCCAGAGUAAGGAACAUGUGACUCGAGAUAAUGAGUCAGACUCCAAAAUUGAUAGAAAUGAUGAUAAUGGAGUUGUAGUAGAUAACGGUGGUGGGAAUGGAAGCUUUGGAAGUGGUGGAGAGGGAGAUGGGAGUGGUGGGGGUGGGGAUGGUGGUGAUGAUGACAGUCAUGACAAUGAAGAGGAGGAAUUUGGGCCAAUACUGAGAUAUGAUGAAGUAAUGAGAGAGACACAGGCUCGUGGAGCUACCCUUCCUUUAGACAUGAUAGAGGCUGCUAAGAGUGUGGGAAUCCGUAAGGUGCUUCUACUUAGAUAUCUGGACCUGCAGGGAUCCUUUUGGCCUUUAGGAUUUUUCAUGAAAUCAUGCUCUAUGCUUCGCAAUCGAAUGUUAGCUGAUCCAGCGUUUCUUUUCAAAAUUGGCACAGAGAUUGUCAUUGAUACAUGUUGUGCUACUUUUGCUGAAGUUCAAAAGAGAGGCAAAGACUUUUGGGCCGAAUUUGAGUUGUAUCUUGCAGAUCUUCUCGUUGGUCUAGUUGUUAAUAUUGCUUUGGUAGGUAUGUUGGCGCCCUAUGCUCGAAUAGGGAAACCAUCAAUAUCUAGUGGAUUCCUUGGUAGAAUGCAGAAGGCCUAUGCAGCCUUGCCUAGCAGUGUAUUUGAAGCAGAAAGGCCAGGAUGUAGGUUUUCUGUGCAGCAGAGACUUGGAACAUACUUCUACAAGGGUAUAAUGUAUGGAGCUGUUGGAUUUGCAUGUGGUAUUAUAGGCCAAGGCAUUGCAAAUAUGAUCAUGACUGCAAAGAGGAGCAUAAAGAAAUCAGAAGAGGACAUACCUGUGCCACCACUUAUAAAGAGUGCUGCUCUUUGGGGUGUGUUUCUUGCUGUUUCUUCCAACACGCGGUACCAGAUUGUCAAUGGACUAGAACGGUUGGUUGAAGCGUCACCAAUGGCAAAGCAGGUUCCCCCAGUUGCUCUGGCUUUCACAGUUGGCGUGCGUUUUGCCAACAAUGUGUAUGGUGGCAUGCAGUUUGUUGAUUGGGCUAGGUGGAGUGGAGUACAAUGACUCCUUUUUCCUGAUCUGUGUUCUAGUCAUGUAGAUGUGAUUUUCUAGCCAUCAAUAUAUGGUGCGUUGAAUUGGCAGAUUUGUGCUACUUGGUUAAGGUUGCAUGGUUUGAUAGAAAGAUUUUCUUUCUGGGAUUAUAAAUGUUACCAGGCAAUAAUUUAGAGGCAUGCCGUUUGUUACUUCUA